CCUAUACUCUACACAAAGCAGACAGCUAUAACUGCCAAGGGAAAGACGCUUUAAAGCCCUAGAAUAGAACGAAUUCAAAAGAGAUUUGUGCGAAUUUAUUAUAAUACCUAACGCAAAGGAUUUUUUUAUUAUGUAAAGUAAAAAUUUAUAAAUAAACGAAACCGGCCAAAGUUAUUUACUGCUAAAAAAAAAAUUUCGGCCUUGGAUGAAACAAAGCUCCGAAAUACACCAUUCUAUCCAAAACCAUACUUAUAAUAAGGAAGUACGCUUAUUGCUCUGGAAAUAUAAAGCUUUUUGUUAAGAAGGUGCUGUUAGUUGAUUUUUACUUCCCAUUCCAAUUAUAUGUAUUAAGUGAUAACAUUUGUUGAUUGGUUUUACCUUCUUUCAACCCUUUCUCUUACAAAUUCUUUUUUUUUCUUUUUUCAAGGCCUAAUAUUUGCCAGGGAUUCUUAAAGUAUCCAUCCUUCCCUGAAUAACUUUAUAUGAAACGAAACUUGUGAUUUGAACAGUAGCUUGAAAUCAUAAAUAUUCCAAUGUAUCCAAUUAGUUUUGAUACCAACGACAAGCUAUACUUAGAGCCAGAUUUAAGAGGCAUCUUGCGUAUUUGCUCACCAUUUUUCUUCUUUUUGCUGCAAACGCAUCAACUUUUUCGAGCAAACAGAUUGGUAUGUGCUGCUUUGUGUGUGUUAGUCGAAACCCAAUGCUAUCGUCUAUGUAAGGUGUUCCAUCAUUAUCGUGAUACGGACUAUCUGGCCCUUUCCUUGGUGUAUGGGUUUCUCAUGAUGCAGAGUUUGCGGACCUGUAUUAUUUGCUUGCAAAACACAACUCCCCGUCGCGUCAAUAGCAUGAUCAACAAGAAGGGUACCAAAGGAUCUUAUUACGACGCUGUACAAUAUGUAUGUAGUGUUCGCAAAUACGGAUGGACCGACAAUGCUGUGCCUGAAUUCGAUCCUCCAUACUUUCCUUACCGAACUUGGGUGACUCGAACUAUUAUAUAUGGGGCAUGUUAUUGGCUUUGCGUGGCUUUCUUGAUCUGGUAUAAUUCGCAGUCGAAGACACCUUAUGAAGUGAAUACUUGGCCCUUACGUUUACUUCUCCCUUUUAUUAGAUCACUUUACGUUUAUUUGGUUUUGAAUAACUGUUAUUAUACGAUGACUGUACUUAGUAUUCCACUUAGAAUUUGGGACAUACGCGACUUUCCACCAUUGAUGAAAAAUCUAAUCAAGACGAAAUCGGUUCACGAUUUCUGGUCGAGAGACUGGCAUGUAUGGACCAAGCCAUACUUCCGAACACUAGGAUGGGAACCUGUUUACAAGCUCACCAAGAGCAAAUUUCUAGGAAGUUUAGCCGCUUUUCUUGUUUCAGGUCUGUACCAUGAUUUUGCUUUCUGGAGUGUCAUAGGUCAUUCGAACCCAGGAAUACUUUUUCAGUUUGCGAUAAAUGCCGUUUUUAUUAAGUUUGAGAAGCGCUUUCCUAUAUUGCAAAAAAUUCCAUUCUUGCCAAUUUUAUUACAGAUUAUACUUCACACUGAACUAGGAAUGGGAAAGGUAAUGGUGCAGCAAGGUUGGGGUCCUUUCGUGAGAAUUGAGCAUUAAUUUAUUCCAACUCUUGCUUAUGCUAAUCUCUUGCCAAAAAUAAAAUUUGUAUCAAAGAAACUCAAAGUGGUUCCAUACGGCUGGCUUGGAAUCGAUUAUUCACAACUGACCAAUUAAUCAAGUUCCACCAAUUGGAGAUGUAUUUUUCCUUGUUAUUAAUGCCAUAAUCUUGUAAGUAAGCAUACUGCCAUAGGUUAACGCAUAAUAAUGGAACUAUUUCUUUUGUCCUGGUUUUAGGAAAUUCUGUUCCCCAUAAAAAAGCGUUGGACGCAUUGUAAGUACAAAGUAGAGAAAAGAGAGAGCGCUCGGGACUAUACACUAGCCAUAGCCAUCCAUCGCCAAAAAUAGAGUUGCCAACUUCAAUUAGCUGAGUACGAAGUUCAUUGAAAGAUCCAAAGGAUGCAUCGAUUCCCGGCUUUAAAUUUACUGCUCCAAGAUCAGCAUCCUCAGAAAAUCGAUCCUGAGAAAUUAUACCAGAAAAGAAGAAGUCAUGGUUGACUAACUGACUAGAGUAGUUAAAAACCU